GCGCCCCCCACCGAAGCGGAAUUCCAGGAAGCCGCGAAAACCCGUUGCGCCUUGGGAAAAAAAAACCCUAAAACCCCCCCGCGGAUCGAGCGGCGGCGGCGGCGUCGAGGAGCUCCGAUUUCCCGGCAAUGUUCGCCGGCGAGGACGACGACGGCGGCGAGCCCCUCGGCCCGAUCGGCAUGAUGGCGCCGUCGCUCCUGAGCCCGCCGGCGGCGGCGCCGACGACCCAGCAGCAGCAGCAGCAGCAGCAUCAGCCGCAGUGGAGCCAGGAGGAGACGAGGGAGUUCAUAAGGAUACGAGCGGAGCUGGAGAGGGACUUCACGGCGGCGAAGCGGAACAAGAACCUGUGGGAGAUCGUGAGCGCGCGGAUGAGGGAGAGGGGCUACCGGAGGACGCCGGAGCAGUGCAAGUGCAAGUGGAAGAAUCUGCUGAACCGCUACAAGGGGAAGGAGACAUCGGAUCCUGAGAACGGACGGAAAUGUCCCUUUUUCGAGGAGCUGCACGCGUUGUUCACCGAGAGAGCAAAGAACAUGCAGCGGCUUCAUCUUGAAUCCGAAGGGACUUCCGUUCAAGCGAAGAAAAGAUUGAAAGGAUAUGGCGGCAAUCAAUCUUCUGAUGAACUCUUGGAGGCUGAUGACGAAGAUGAGGACGAUAGCGACGAGGAGAGGCCUUUGAAAGCCGGUUCUCGUAAGAGGAAGGCCGAAAAGGUCGUGAUCAACAAGCGUUCGGGGGGGACCAGCGGAGUUUCUGGCAGGAGCAGUGGCGCUGAUAUUUUUGAUACACUCAAGGAGUUCUUCAAGCAGCAACAGGUGAUGGAGAUGCAGUGGAGGGAUAUGAUGGAGAGGCGUGCCCACGAACGCCUUUUGUUCGAGCAGGAAUGGAGGCAGUCGAUGGAGAAGCUCGAGAGGGAGAGGCUGAUGGUUGAGCAGGCUUGGAGGGAGCAGGAAGAGCAAAGGAGGCUACGAGAAGAGAACCGAGCCGAAAGAAGGGAUGCUCUAUUGACAACCCUCUUGAACAAGCUUCUUCACGAGAGCAACUUAUGAAGUGGCUGGAUUGAUAGUUUACUGACCUAAUUUUGUUUGUGACGAUGUUCGCGUCUAUAAUGCGGACAGGCCGGAGAAAUUACUAAAGGGUCUUAUCGAUUUGGAGGUACGUUUUGCACAGACGACAGAUAAACAUUUUGAAGAGAGUAUGGCAAUGCAAAAUUACAUGUAGGGAUCUUCUCUUAGCCUGGUAUUUGUGUAUAGAGGAAAAGGGUUUUCCUUUAUUGAUUUGUAAUGUUUGUAGGUGUAUGUAUUCAUUACACAUUUCUUCAAUCGCUUGUCCUUUAUCCUGCAUAUUCUGGUUGCAAUAUAUAUAAUACAAGCUCAUACUACAAUCGAUGAAGAGUCAUUGAGGAUA